GCGGGAUGAGAAGCUCCGAGGGGGGAGCCGCACCGUGCAGCCCAAGUUGCCGAGCGCGCAGAGCGCUCCCGCGGCCCGGAGCCCCGCACGGCCCCGCCCUCCCGGGCCCCCCGCGGGCCGAGUCCGCCCGGCGGGGGCGCGGACGCCCAAGUUGGGGCGCGGCGCGGCGCGCGGAGAGCACCAGCACCAGGCGGGCGCCGAGAGCACCAGGCGGGCGCGGAGAGCACUAGCCCGGCGCGGAGAGCAGCAGGCGGGUGCGGAGAGCACCAGCCCGGCGCGGAGAGCACCGGCGGGGCGCGGAGAGCAGCAGGCGGGCGCGGAGAGCACUAGCCCGGCGAGGAGAGCACCGGUCCGGGCGCGGAGAGCACUAGCCCGGCGCGGAGAGUACCAGGCGGGCGCGGAGAGCACUAGCCCGGCGAGGAGAGCACCGGCCGGGGCGCGGAGGGCACCCGGCGGGCGCCGAGAGCACCGGGCGGGCGCCGACAGCAGCGGCCGGGCGCGGCCAGGCGGAGCGGCGCGGCCAGGGUGUCGGCGCCGCAGCCCGGCCGCGGGGAGAGCGCGGACAUCGCGGGUUUCUGUUUUUCUUUUUUCCAACGACUCAAACUUUCCUCCGUCACCCGCGUCCUGGGGUCCCCCUCGGCGGGAACUGCCCUUCGGGUUCCCGCGGGCCGCUGGGCAACGCACCCGGGCAGGAGGCUUGGGGCCGGGUCUGCCCGCCGCUCUGAGCCCCCGGCACCCGCCGCAGGACCCGCCCCGCGCCGCGGCCUCCCGUGCCCGCUCCGCCCAGGGGCAUCCCCAGGGCGGGGAACGACAAGUUUGUCGGUGGUCAGUGGCCUGUUGGCUCGAGCGCCGCCGCCAGAGGGGACCCGGCGCCCGCAGCCGGCGCAGCCCGCCCCGGGCACCUCGAACCGGGGCGCUGGCCCUCACAGUCGCCUCUCGGGAAGGAGGGCACGCAAGGGGCACCGCGGGGCCCCGGCGGAGGCGCCCCCCGCCGCCUCGCGGGAUGAAGCACGGGCCGUGAAGAUGGAGCUCACCUGCCUUCUGCUCCUGGCGCUGCUCCCCGUCCACGGCCGGGCACAAGGAGUCUACGCUCCAGCCCAGGCCCAGAUCAUGCACGCAGGCCAGGCGUGUGUGGUCAAGGAGGACAACGUGAGCGAGCGUGUGUACACCAUCCGGGAGGGGGACACACUUGUGCUGCAGUGCCUUGUCACCGGGCACCCGCGGCCCCAGGUGCGGUGGACCAAGACCGCGGGCAGUGCGUCCGACAAGUUCCAGGAGACGUCAGUGUUCAAUGAGACGCUGCGCAUCGGGCGCAUCGCGCGCACACAGGGCGGCCGCUACUACUGCAAGGCUGAGAACGGCGUGGGCGUGCCGGCCAUCAAGUCCAUCCGCGUGGACGUGCAGUACCUGGACGAGCCGGUGCUGACGGUGCACCAGACGGUGAGUGACGUGCGCGGCAACUUCUACCAGGAGAAGACGGUGUUCCUGCGCUGCACGGUCAACUCCAACCCGCCUGCCCGCUUCAUCUGGAAGCGGGGCUCCCACACGCUGUCCCACAGCCAGGACAACGGCGUGGACAUCUACGAGCCGCUCUACACCCAGGGCGAGACCAAGGUCCUGAAGCUGAAGAACCUGCGGCCACAGGACUACGCCAGCUACACGUGCCAGGUGUCCGUCCGCAACGUCUGCGGCAUCCCGGACAAGGCCAUCGCCUUCCGGCUCACCAACACCACCGCUCCCCCAGCCCUGAAGCUGUCUGUGAACGAGACCCUGGUGGUGAACCCUGGGGAGAAUGUGACGGUUCAGUGUCUGCUGACGGGUGGCGACCCGCUCCCCCAGCUGCAGUGGUCCCACGGGCCCGGCCCACUGCCCCUCGGGGCUCUGGCCCAAGGGGGCGCCCUCAGCAUCCCAUCGGUGCAGGCUCGUGACUCUGGCUACUACAACUGCACGGCCACCAACAACGUGGGCAACCCGGCCAAGAAGACCGUCAACCUGCUGGUGCGCUCCAUGAAGAACGCCACGUUCCAGAUCACCCCCGACGUGAUCAAGGAGAGCGAGAAUAUCCAGCUGGGCCAGGACCUGAAGCUCUCCUGCCACGUGGAUGCGGUGCCCCAGGAGAAGGUCACCUACCAGUGGUUCAAGAACGGCAAGCCGGCACGCAUGUCCAAGAGGCUGCUGGUGACCCGAAAUGACCCCGAGUUGCCUGCUGUCACCAGCAGCCUGGAGCUCAUUGACCUGCACUUCAGCGACUACGGCACAUACCUGUGUGUGGCUUCCUUCCCAGGGGCGCCCGUGCCCGACCUCAGUGUUGAGGUCAACAUCUCCUCUGAGACAGUGCCGCCCACCAUCAGCGUGCCCCGGGGCCGCGCCGUGGUGACCGUGCGCGAGGGCGCUGCCGCCGAGCUGCAGUGUGAGGUGCGCGGCAAGCCGCGGCCGCCCGUGCUCUGGGCGCGCGUGGACAAGGAGGCGGCGCCGCUGGAGACCCCCGACGGGAGGCUGCGGCUGGAGCGCGUGAGCCGGGACAUGGGCGGGACGUACCGCUGCCAGACGGCGCGCUACAACGGCUUCAACGUGCGGCCCCGCGAGGCCCAGGUGCAGCUGAACGUGCAGUUCCCGCCCGAGGUGGAGCCCAGCUCCCAGGACGUGCGCCAGGCGCUGGGCCGGCCCGUGCUGCUGCGCUGCGCGCUGCUCCGAGGCAGCCCCCAGCGCAUCGCCUCGGCCGUGUGGCGCUUCCGAGGGCAGCUGCUGCCGCCGCCGCCCGCUGUCCCCGUCGCCGCCGAGGCCCCCGACCACUCCGAGCUCCGCCUGGACGCCGUCACCCGGGACAGCAGCGGCAGCUACGAGUGCAGCAUCUCCAACGACGUGGGCUCUGCCUCCUGCCUCUUCCAGGUCUCCGCCAAAGCCUACAGCCCGGAGUUUUACUUCGACACCCCCAACCCCACCCGCAGCCACAGGAUGUCCAAGAAUUACUCCUACGUGCUGCAGUGGACCCAGCGGGAGCCCGAUGCAGUUGACCCCGUGCUCAACUACAGACUCAGUGUCCGCCAGCUGAACCAGCACAGCGCUGUGGUCAAGGCCAUCCCAGUGCGGCGUGUGGAGAAGGGGCAGCUGCUGGAGUAUGUCCUCACCGACCUCCGCGUGCCCCACAGCUACGAGGUCCGCCUCACCCCCUACACCACCUUCGGGGCCGGGGACCUGGCCUCCCGCGUCAUCCACUACACAGAGCCUGUCAACUCUCCCAGCCUGGCAGACAACACCUGUCACUUUGAAGAUGAGAAGAUUUGCGGCUACACUCAGGACCUGACUGACAACUUUGACUGGACAAGACAGAAUGCCCUCACCCAGAACCCUAAGCGCUCCCCCAACACAGGCCCUCCCACUGACAUCAGUGGCACCCCUGAGGGUUACUAUAUGUUUAUCGAGACAUCAAGGCCCCGAGAGUUGGGGGACCGCGCUCGGCUGGUGAGUCCCCUGUACAACGCCAGCGCCAAGUUCUACUGUGUCUCCUUCUUCUACCACAUGUAUGGGAAACACAUCGGCUCCCUCAACCUUCUGGUGCGGUCCCGGGGCAAAGGAGCUGUGGACACACACGCCUGGUCCCUCAGCGGCAACAAGGGGAAUGUGUGGCAGCAGGCGCAGGUGCCCAUCAGCCCCGGCGGGCCCUUCCAGAUUAUUUUUGAGGGAGUUCGAGGCUCAGGCUACCUGGGCGACAUUGCCAUAGACGACGUCACACUGAGGAAGGGAGAGUGUCCCCGGAAGCAGACGGAUCCCAACAAAGUCGUGGAAAUGCCGGGCAGUGGAGCCCCCGUGCAGCCCCGGCCACAGCUCUGGGGGCCGGUGGCCAUCUUCUUCGUGGCCCUGCAGAGAUGAUGAGUGCUGCGUGGCCACCCGCCCCGGCACACCAAAGUGUCUGCAUUGAACCAAAGACUGAGCCCUGCCAGCGGGGUGCCCGGGGCGGGGCUGGCCUUCCCGGGAGCGGCGGAGAGGACAGCAGAGGACAAGGACUGAGGCCUGGCGCCGAGGCCCUGGACGGUCGCUCACCGCUCGACACACGCACACACUCACACACUCACUCUUACACAGAGACCUAUUAAAGCACAAGUUUCUAUCUGACCUGCCAGCACCUUCUUUACUGCGGAGACGGGCGUGGCCAGCCCUGGGACUCAGCGACGCAGGCCUGUCCCGCUGCACCAGGCGUCCCACCGCCCCGGCCGCACAGGGCUGGCCAGAAAGGAGCCGGAGGGAGCAGACUUGGCGGCCCCGCCCUGGACUGAACUCUGGGACUUCCUGGGAGGGCGGGUGGGACUUGAGGAGCUCUGUGGGUGCCCUGUGCGGGGGACGGGCCGAGCAUCCAUCCCCUGCCUCUGCUCCCAGGGCGAGGGCUGGAAGGGGGAGCCCCAGGACCCCACGUCCCCUCCCUGCUCCUGCCCAUCAUGUACCCCUCCCGCCCACCCUUUAGAGGGAUCCAGGCAGGACCUUGGGCCUGGGCAGGCUGAACCUGGAACCCUUCCAUACCCCCAGCCCCCACCUCACCCCACGCCACCCCACAAGCCCUGGACUCGGAGGGCCCCACCCCAGGGGGCAGCAGAAGAGGACACCCCUUUUCUGAGGGAGGCUGGGCUAGAGACAGAGGAGAGCGCCACAUUUGCAUUUCCACAACCAGGGUGUGGAGCCUGUUUCUCCGUGCUUGGCACGAGAGGGUGCCUGCCACGGGGCUGUCAGGGGGCGGAGCUGGGCCGCAGGGACAGUUGCUGGUCACUGGGCUCCCUUGGGAGCUAGGAGAGGCCUCCCUGCCCAGGCUCUGGGUGGAGACCUCAGACUGGCACCCAGGGGAGGGCGGGGCCCAGCCCUGGCUGCAGUGUCCUGCACGCGUCGAGGCUGUGUGGGUCCGUGUGGCGCCGUGAGUGCGGCUGAUGUGAGGUGCGGUGGCUGCCCGACUAGGUCGCGCCCUCAGGGAGACAGACUUCUGGGGUGCUGACCACGCAGGCCGAGCCCCGCCUGAUGUCCACCCUUCCCUCGCCGUGGGUGACAGUGCUCACGGCGGGCCCCAUUGGGAGGUGAGCACCUUCGGUGAGGAGAGGGGUCACAGCGCUUCUGGAACAUUCCCUGGGCAGACGGAGGACUCAGCAAGGCAGCGCCCGCUCUCCACCCCUCACCCCCUCACACAUGGCCCUCGCCUGCUGCUGCCCGUGGGAACCCUCGUCCCCUCUGCCUCCCCCGUGUUCAUGGGCCCAUGAGGCAUAAGCGUGGGCACUCUGGAGAGGGGGCCUGCCACGCGGCUGGAGGCGGGGUGCCGAGGGAGGGGCGCCCUGACCGGGUGGCAGCGUGUCUGUGUAUCCAUGGGAGUGCGUGUGUGUGCGUGGUGUGAGUCUGCAUCCGUGUGCUCGCGUGUGAGCGUGUGUUUCCAUGUGGUAUGUGUUGUGGCACUGUGUGACGUGGUGCCAGGGCCGUUGCCCCUUUGCCUUCGUGCCUGUGCUCCCUGAGCCCCGGCCUCAGGCUGUCCCGGGCUGGACCUUGGGGGACAGGCUCCUCCAGGUGCGGGGGCAAGCCGGGCUGGCUGGGGAAGGGUCUGGUGGGGGCGAUGGUGCCGGGCGCCUCCUCCCACCUCUCCACCCAGCCCAAGGGCAGCCCUGAGGGUGCCCCCAAAGGGUAGGAGGGCCUGGGGGCGGAACAACCCUGCUUUUCUCCCAGGCUUCCCCAGGAAGACCAGGCAUUGCUGCUCGGACACCCCUGAGGGCCCCUGGCUGGGCUCUGGGCUUGGGGAGUUUCGCCCAACCCGAGGUGAGGCUGGCCCCCUCCUCCCCACUGUGAGGGCUGCAUGCCAGCGUGUGAGGGUGUGUGUGGAUGUGUGGCUGUGGGUGGGGUGCUGGGUGCGAGGGUCCUGUGAGAGCUGAGUAUGAGUGAGGGGGAGUGUGCGUGCUGGGGCAGAAGAACCCUCCCUCCUGGGGACCCCCGCUUAGAGAAGAGUCCUCAGACCCCGCCUAACCAGAGCUGGCCCGCCUUUGCCUCACCCACGUCGCCUGCAUUCACUUCCGGGGUGCCCUUCCCCUGGCCCCUCGCCACCCCCAUGAUUGCCAUCUCUGCCCAGGUCUGCUGGCCUGGCACCCAGCCGGCUCCUGCCUUUGGGGCGGGGGCUGAGAUGCGCGAGCCACCGCCUGGCGCCCACCACCACAGUAAAAGCACAACAGGAGACCCCCAUGGGGGAGGGGCACGGGGGCUGUCCCAGCGCAGCCCCGUCCUCACCCCUUUGCCUUGCUCUGUCUCCACCCGGCCUCUGUCUCCCUCUGCCCCCCACCCCCACUGUAACCUCUAGUUGCGGACACGAUUGUUACAAUCAAUAAAGCUGCAGUGUUCUAGCA